AUGUCACUACCCAGUGCUAGCUUUGCACACAAUGAUAUCUCUCGGUCACCCAAAACAUCAUACAUCCGACUUUACGCCUCGAGGUCGAAGGCGAAAUCUACUGCAGACCUAGUCCCGGGAUCUAAACAAGCUCUUACUUCUGAGGUUUCUCGUUUGGAAUAUGGAAAAUCCGAGGCGAAGAUGAGUGCCGCUGUCGAGUGGUACCGCAAAGAGGUAGCUGGCCUAGAGACUCGUGCAAGUGGUCGCGUUACCCCAGCCCUUCUCUCGCCAGUACGCGUAGAACUUCCAGGCAAAGGAAAGGACCUUGUGAAACUCGAGGAAGUGGCCACCAUUGGCGUUCGAGAUGGCUCAACCUUGAUUAUUACGGUGUUCGAGGAACAUAAUUUGAAAACAGUGGAACAGGCCCUAUAUGCCGCAAAGCUACCAAAUAUUGUUCCUCAGAAGCAGGAUUCCAGGACGAUCAAGAUUCCCAUACCUAGGUCACUCGCUUCGUCUUCCUGUGGCAUGGUCGUUCAUUCUUUCUCUUUUAGGCCAACAGUCGAAGCCCGCAAUGCGUUGACUGCGACUGCUCAGCGAAUGGCAGAAGAUACCCGGGUACAACUUCGAAAAAUACAACAAGCUAGUGUCAAAAAAGGUGACUACAAAAAGCACUCAGUUGAGCUCGAAGAAUUUCAGAAACUCGCAGAUAAGAACUCUGCCGAAGUAGACAAGAUUCUUGCACAUAUGAAGAAAUCAACUGGGGCCCGGUAGGGUAUCCCUCCAUGGAGAGGCUGUACCCUAUCGACAUCUUUCAAGGCAUCAAGCUUCAGGCCUCACUAUCUGUGUCUACCAUUAUCGAUGCAUAUACUAAUUCAAGGUUCAUGAUACAUGCGAACAUUCCACAUGCGACAAGAAUUUUUCGACAUUACUAUGAGUGAAGCCGGGAAAGGCGACGGUAAGAAUAUUAAGAACAGCCACUGCACUGGGCCACUGCUUGAUGUACUAGUUGAUACAUCCGAAAGAGAUAAAUAAUAAUCCAAGCUUGUCUGAUC